CCAACGAAGGCCUCUUGUACUUCUUGGAUAAGAGCUUGAUCUUCGUUCCUAAGCCUGCCACGUACAUUCAACUCGAGAAUGUUGCCGUGGUCACCAUGUCUCGUGUUGGCGGUGCAAUCUCAGCCAGUAGAACGUUCGAUAUCACAGUCAGCCUCAAGGCUGGCUUGGGCGAGCACCAAUUCAGCAACAUCAACCGGUAGGGCCUCCAUUCAAACCCCUAUUAACUGAACGGUAGCUAAUGCUUUCCAGUGAGGAGCAACAACCACUUGAGGAGUUUUUCAAGGCCAAGAACAUCCGCCUUAAGAACGAGAUGUCCGAUGACGUACGUAUCCCUUGUGGCAUUCCAACUUCCCUGCUUGAAUGUGGACUGACUUGGUUCUUCAGACCUCCGCUCUUAUUGCUGCGGCUCUUGACAACGAAGACAUGGGCUCCAGCGACGAUGAUGCUGGUGGCGCUGACCGUGGCUCGGCCGACGAAGACGAUGAGUCCCCCGAUGAGGAUUUCGAGGCCGAGUCGGACUCCGAUGUCGCGGAAGAAUAUGAUUCUGCGCACGAGAGCAGCGGCAGCGACAGCGAUGCGCAGAUGGAUGAUGCAUCCGACGGUGGGGAUGAUGAUGAGGAUGUUGAGAUGUCAGAAGGCGAACGGCCGAAGAAGAAGUCGAAGGUUGGCAAAUAAAAGAAAAUCAUCAGACCGCCUCAUCGUGACGGCCACGCGCCGUCAGCGACUGGGCACUUCUCCGCGCAUAAUGAAUACAAGAUAUCAAUAACGUUCAGCCUUGUGCUACCUACUUCCCUCUUCACUCGUUGUAAUGCAACGUAGACGACUAUAACAACAUGUAAACCCUGCUUUACCAAUGUCAACCUU